UGCCAAUCCAAGGUUUCCGCCAUCACGUUAGGUUCCGCGGAUAUUAGAGCGCGCGCGGCUGCCUGUGACGUCGAUGGUUGAUGUGUCCUGAUGUUGGAGAAUGCCUGGAAAUGUGCGAAAGUUAAGAGAUGAAGACAUAAAUCCAUGUAUUGAGGAAACUGAUGCCUCCAAGAAGUGCCUAGAAGCAAAUAACUACAACAAAGAUAUGUGCAGCUAUUACUUUCUGAGAUAUAAAAUGUGUAGGAAAUUUUGGAAUAACAUAAUGGUGCAAAGAAGAAGGAAUGGUGUUAGACCUGAAAUGCCAACUGCCAACGAAAGAAAAGAGAUUUUAGAAGAAUAUAAAGAGAAGCCCUACUGAUUAUCCUCCUGAAGAAUUGAUAAAUGUGAAUUAAUCACUGGAAUAAUAUUGAAAAUGUAAUUUUAUGCCUGAAUAAAUCUUUUACUAAAUGAAUAAAAAUAGAUCAUCAAAUCUAAUGCAGUAAAAGAACACAAGUACUUGAUAAAAUAUACACGCAGUUAUCAAAAAGUAGAUGCUUAAAACCAUUACUGUCAGGCAUGUGUAAUAGAAACAAAAGGAUUUUUGAAGAAUACUACUUUAAAAUGCAAUGCCUUACAUUAUAUUGUCAGCUUAACAGGUUUACAUUUAUGGCCUGACAGUAAGAUACUGAAAGACUGCUGACUUGCUUUUUAAGUGCAAACUUACCUAUUGUGGAUAUGCAGUUGUCAACUUGUGCCUCCCUGCUAGUCUUCAGUGAAGAAGCUCGGUAUGGCAAUACAUGGCAUGGUGCUGUCUCCUUGGAAAAGGCUGUGGAAAAACUGGCUAAGCUGGCUGUUAAAUUUCAGGAAAGUUAAAUGCUUUGAAUGUUGCUGAAAUUCAGGAACAUUCAAAAAGUAUUUUAUAUACUUAAUUUUUAAACAAAACAUGAAACAAGAAGAUUUUCAAACAAUUUACUUUUAACAAAACUCAAUUCAAAAAUUUAAAUUAACUAAAUGCAUCCUCUCUCAUAGCCUUUCUCAAUUCAGAUAAAUGGAGUCACUGUGACCUGGCUCAGGUUCAGCUGGCAGAUUCCCUAGCCUUAAGUCCUGGGGAAUUGCUGCAAGUGUGCAAUCCAAGACUGGAUUCUGUGGUCAGUCAGGAAGUUGCCAUUGAAGGACUGCCUGCAAGUUUGGGAUUUUUGCAUUUGCUUGGGAAUCUCAGACCUGGGAGUUUGUGGAGAAUUUACAUGCUGUCCCUGGGUAACAGGUUCUGUUUUCACAGACAUCCUUAAGUCAAUUAAGUUCAUAAGUUGGAAAAUAAUCACUCAAUAUGGUAACUAUUCCUUCGCGGUAUUGUAAUGAAUGGCAUCAAAAACACAAGACAUAACAAAACAAUUACUCCAAGUGGAGAAAGAGAGAGUCCUGCCAUUGGUAGGAAUAAACGUAUAUGUAUGUAAGUUGGACUUUUGAAUUUAAUGAUACGGGAGCUCGUUCAUCUGUAGGAGUGUCCGUAAGUCGGGCAUUCGUAAGCAGAGAUGGUUCAUACUUGUUCACAGGACAUAGACAUCUCUGGCAAUAAUGGCAGUUACUGUCCAUCCUUAAUUGUCCUUGAACUAAGUAGGUAGUUACGAGUGAACUACAUUGCUGUGCGUCUAUAGGCCAGACCAGAUGGCAGAUGUGAUUCCCUGAAGGACAAUAGUAAACCAUGCCAAUUUUUACGCCAAUCCAUUAGUUUCAUGGUUGCCAUUAAUGAGACAAGCAGUUUUUAAAUUUCAAAUUUAGUCACUUGAAACAGUCCAGAACUCUACCUGCUAGUUUUGUAUGUUAACCAUAACACCAUCUUGUCUGCUGGUAUUGCCUAGCAAGAUCCAACCCAUUAAUUUUUUCAUGUAACUUAAGACUGAGUAUUUACCAUCUUGUGACUUAAGGGAGAUUUCUUAAAAUAAUGUGCAAUAUUUAACUUCCCAGAAAUGUUAAUGACAUGUUUAAUGGGUGAAAGUGAAGAUGAACUAUAGUGAUCUGUGACAUUCUUUAUUCUUUCAUGAGAUACGGAUGUUCUUAAAGUCAGCAUUUAUUACCCUUCUCUAACUGCCCUCAAGAAAGUGGUGGUGAAGCUACUUUUUGGAAUUAAAACAGAAAAUGCUGGAAAUACUCAGCAGGUCAGUCAAUGAUGGAAAGAGAAAGAGUUAACAUUUUUGAUGGAAGAACCUUCAUCAGAACUGAGGUCUUGACCUGAUGGAUUAACUCUAAUUCUUUUUCUACAAACUCUGCCUUGACCUGCUGAGCGUUUCUAACAUUUUUGUUUGUUUUCAGAUUUCUAGCUUCCGCAGUUUUUAUUUUUCAAUAAGUGGGGCAUUUGGA